AAUAGUGUACGCACGCGUACAAUUGGUAAGUAUCAAGUUUCAAUUUCUAUAUAAUUAAAUUGUGAAAAAAAAAAAAAAACAUUUCAAAAGAACUUCAAACAGCUCAUUAAAAUUUGAAAUUUCGUAUCUCAUUUUAACAUCUCAAGGAUUACGCUGAUUAAACAUGUUGUUUACGUCUAGUUGAUUACCCCUCAGGAAAAUUAAUUUAUUCUCCAGCAGCUGAUUGAAAACUUUUGGACCAACACAGAUGAGAUCAUUGGCAAGUACUUUUCGGAAUCUUGGAAAUUUCAACUGUCCUUUUCGACGGCCAUCCAAAAUCACUUCAAAUUCGUCAUUAUUCGUUAGGAUGUACUUUUUAGUCAACAGCAUUGAAAAUCUUCGCUCAAGUCCAUAUGCUGUUUUUAACGCUUUAUUUUGGAUAGUCUGCAGUCUGUUGAUAUCUCCAGCACUCAUUCGACAUACUAAGAAACCGUUACAAAACAUAUGAGAGCCUAUGAAGGCAUUGUAGAAUUGCAUAAGUGAAUAAGAUGCACCUGGAAUGUCUUCUAAAUUAUCACAAGUAAGCACCAUCACGAUAUCAUCUGCGAAUUUUAGUAUCAAAGAGUCAGUAUCAACAAAUUUCAGGUCGUAGAGCAUCAGUACAAAUAACAAUGGACCUAGACAGCUACCUUGAGGAAUCCCAAAAAGAAUUUCCAUGAUUUCGCUCAAUUUAUCCAU